AUGGCGGUUAAUCGGUCUAAUUCCUUAUUUGCGACGGACCAAGCGGUCGACGAGCUCCUGCAGCUCAAAACGUUCGAAGACCGGUUUGAUGUUAGAGAAUUUGUCUCGUCGAUUAGUGAGCGGUUGAUAGCUCACUCUAAGGAGGAUGCUGGCCCGUUCGAUCCCAAGCCUUUUAUCCGUACUUUCGAGUCGUCAGUGGACAGACUUCUUUCCAUACGACGCGAUCUUCAAAAACAAACCGAAGUUAUGGAAAACAGCGUGAGGAAUGCAGAGCGAGACUACUCAAAACGCAUGUCUGAGCUCAACUCGGGGUUCGAGAGCGUGGGCAAAUCGUUCUCCUCAAUGGAGACGAAGAUCGGCGAAGUGGGAAGAACGGCGAUUAGGAUUGGAGAACAACUGGAGAACAUACAUCAAUCGAGGCAACGCGCACAGGCGGCGUACGACUUGAUCGAUUAUUAUAAUCAGUUUGCAAAGGGGGACGUGACGAGACUCGAGGCUUUGAGGAAAGAGAGGGGAAAGGAGAGAGAAGGGAGAGAGAAAGUGGCUAUUAUUUGUCGCAGACUUAGUGCGUUAGCGAAGGAAGUGGACGUCAUUGGGGCGGAAAAGACGAGAGAAAACAUCGAAAGAUACUGCGAGAAGUUUGAAAAAGAUAUUCUUCGUCUCUUUGAUCGAUCGUACCGGAAAGGAGAACCGAAGAUGAUGGCUCAUUGUGCUCAAAUCCUGCUGGACUUCAAUGGCGGAAAUUCGUGUAUACAAAUUUACGUCAAUCAGCACGAGUUCUUCAUAUCUGCGGCAUCAGUUGAACCUUCGUCAUUGGAGACCGAAGAAAUAUGGAAGUCAAUAUCAUCCCCUACUCCUCCUCCUCCUCGUACCGAACCCUCAUUGUCCCUAUUACUGCAGAAGAUCAGGUCAACAGUGACUGAAGAGGCCCAGAUCGUCCAGGCUGUAUUUCCGAACCCGAUGCAGGUCUUGCAGGUCUUCAUACAACGCGUGUUCGCCCAGCUUAUCCAAAGACAGGUUGAAAUGCUUCUCGAGCAGGCGUCAAAUUUAUCUUCCCUUGCCUUCUUGCGGAUGCUCCAUCUCUGUCACGCGCAGAUAUCGCGUCUAGUGGAUGAUCUCAAGGGAUAUGACUUCUCUUCGCCCACAUCUAUACUGGGCAAGGCAUCGUUAGGUGCUAUCCCAUCCGGACCAGGUAAUCUGAGCGGCGUGCUUGAGACGGCGAUGGAAGAGCUGUUCAUUCCCUACACGGAGGGAACGCGUUGGCUUGAUAGGGAAUGUAAGAGCUUGGCAGAGCUGUAUGCAGGCUUCUUGCUCCGUUUCUCUCGGUACCAUGCCCAGGCACACCAAACGACCAAGACCGAUGGUUUGAUGAAUCGAUUCAUGUCCCAAAUUUCCACCUCAACAUCUAAUGUCACCUCCAACAUGGCCAAUGCCGUACAGGGCAAUGCCACUACCGCGCAAGCAGCAGCAGCAUUCAUGAAAGUGACCGGACUGGGCACGGCUGGAGGCAGCCAACUGGACAAGCGCCAAAGCGAUGUGGUUGUAGAGGAGCCGUUGAGGGAGUUGGAUGGGAAGCUGACAAUUGGAGCGGCGGAGACCAUGCUGAAGUGGCAUGCAGAGGCUGUGGGGAGAUGUGUCGAGUUAUCUCCAAGUGGUGAUGUUGGAAAGAAUGCCUUUGCCCUUCUUCGCCUGAUAUCGGAGACUCUUGGUCGCUCGUACAUUGAAACGGCUAUUGACAGCGCAAUCUACAAGCUGGAAUCGCGUGACCCGAAGCUAGAACCAGAGCUCACUCCGCUCCACGUCGUCAAGACGAUCGACUUUGUGUGCCACCUAUGGCAGCAGUACGUCAACACGGCGAUUUUGCCCCUCGCAGGGUCGAGUGUGACAGUAAGACGAGAAAUGGUGGUGUACAAUAAUAGCGUGAUGAAUAGGGUGGAAACUUCUAUGGAUACGCUGGUGCAGAAGGCCAUUGAUGUCGUUCUGGCAUGGCUAGCUGCCCAGCUAGCGAAGCAAAAACGGAACGACUUCCGACCGCGAAACGACGACAUGACGUUUGCGCGUGCCAGCACGGAGCCUUGUACUGCAUGCUGUGACCUUCUCGUCAGGCUCAAAGAUGCGUCCAAGGAAAGCCUGACCGGGAAAAACCAGGAGACGUUCCUCACCGAGAUUGGCGUGUCGUUCCAGAGCAUGUUGCUUGAACAUCUCAAGAAGUUCUCCGUGUCCGCUUUGGGAGGUCUGAUGCUCACCAAGGACUUGGCUAUGUACCAGGAUGCGAUGUCCAAGUACAGCAUCCCGAUCAUCAACGAGCGAUUUGAGUUUAUCCGGCAGCUGGGAAAUCUGUUCGUCGUGCAACCCACGACACUCAAGUCCUACAUAUCUGAUUCGAUCCUGAAUCGGGUGGAUCCGAUUCUGCUACGGCCGUACCUGGCUCAGAGGAGUGAUUGGGCGCAGAUCAGUGCCGGAUGGGAGGGCAUCAUUCCAAACAGUGCGGCUUCGACAGAGGAUGGAUUCCUGAACACUACCCAAAAUUUGCGGGAGCGGCUGGGUGCGGGGCUGGGAAGUAUCAUGCGCGAGUUAGAGAACUUCAGGAAUGGUGGGGACGAGGACUUUUACUCUCCGCCACCGACCUCGGCGGUGUUCGCACAAAGCAGGACGAGCUACCCCGUGCCGUCGCCAUCGAUUGGCACUCUGAUCAGAGGAUAGAAGGGCACUAUAGCAGUUUUCGUUGUAUACAUGUCAUUCUAGUGUAUUGUAUCGAGAGAAGGGUCCAAAGUCAUUGUUAAUUGUCAUGGGGAUAGCC